AGAGUCAGAAACGUGCAACUCGUGACUAUCAAUGUGCGGUCUCGAAGUAAUUUUGAGAUCUGAUGGUGUUGUUCAAAUUCCCGUAUCUUCACUUCACCACGUCUCGUGCGUGUUGUUUCUGGUUCUUCUCACUUCCAUUUCUUCUCUCAUCUUGACCAUCCCUCUCCGCCUUGCCUCUCUACUCCUGAGCACAUACUCUUUCUCUCUUCCAACUCUUCGUCUCUUCCCACCUUCGUCAACAUAUCUCUCUUCUGUCUUCAACACAACACAGCCACUACUAUACCAAACAACAAGACGCCUCCCAAGAUGGUCGGUCUUUCCCAGCGCGACACUGAGGUCGUCGCCGCUGCGUUCCAGUGCCUGAAGACUGCUUCAGAAAUCGACUACGACAAGCUGGCAACCAUGGCCGGCUACAAGAACGGUCCUUCAGCCCGCGCCUGCUUCCGAGAGGUCAAGAAGAAACUAUUGGCCCAGGGAUCCAACACACCCUCUUCCACCACAGCACCCACCGCCACCAAGAAGCGCGCCUCAGCCAAGAAGCGCAAGCAGUCCUCCCCCGAAGACUCGUCUCCACCUGACUCCAACGACGAGGCUCCAGCCAAGAAACGUCGCAUCACAAAGGCCAAGUCCGACGAAGACGAGGAAGACGAAGCAGCUCCUCUCAAGAACAAGUACAAGCCCAAGCCCAAGGGCAAGAAGCCUCGCAUCUCCAGCCCAGAGACCGAAGAGGACAAGCACAACGCCAAUGCCAUUGCUGCUGGAAGAGCCAGAUAUGCUGCCGACAAGCUCGUCGCUGAGAUCAAGAAGGAGGUCGUUUCUGAUGACGAGGAAGACGCUGUUGAUGGUGAAGAGGAGCCUAUGGGUAUGAACAUUGACUCUGGAGAGGAUGAGGGGAUGACUGCUUAUGACUUGAUCAACAACGAGAUCGAAGGCGAUGGCAUCGGGAUCUAGAGGCGAAGGGAAAGAAAGCUGACGACGAAACGACGAAGACGACAGCACGUACAACGGGGAAGUGACAAACAAGACGAAAUGUGACAAGUAGGAAGUGAAGGAGCGAAGACUCGAUCGAAAAUACACUUAUCGACCCAUCCCAGAUCCUACCCGUGACCUAACAGAGGUAUGUUUUCGGACAUAGUGACGAAUUUUGGGGGGCCCUGUAGACUUUU